AACCGGAAGUCAGUAAGUCGUCGGUUGAUACGUUUCUCCACAUCAUUCGCGAGUCGCGAGUCGUGCUGUGUGUGUGUGGUUUUAUGAAAUAUACAACACGAUGGUCAUCCAGCAAGAGGUGGUUUCGAGAGCCGAAGAGGUUGCUGAUCAGGUGAUACGUAACGGAAAACACAUACUUCCAACGCUCGCACGGCUUUGUCUGAUUGCGACAUUUUUGGAAGAUGGAUUGCGAAUGUGGUUCCAAUGGAGCGAGCAGAGGGAAUAUAUGGACUUGUCUUGGGGCUGUGGAACAUUUCUGGCCACAUUAUUUGUCCUGAUCAACUUGAUCGGCCAGCUCGGCGGCUGCGUUAUGGUCAUCACUAGAUGGCGCGUCAGCAUAGCUUGUGGAGUUUUAUUCUUCAUCGUUGUCCUCCAGACGUUUGCUUACAGUAUUCUCUGGGACCUGCAGUUUCUCUUCAGAAACUUGGCCCUGAUCGGCGCGCUGCUGUUGGUCCUAGCAGAGUCCAGAGUCGAGGGAAGAUCCCUAUUUGCUGGCGUUCCUAGUUUGGGCGACAAUAAACCUAAGAACUUGCUGCAGUUGGCUGGACGAGUACUGCUAGCCUUUAUGUUCAUCACGCUGAUUCGGUUUGAAGUUUCGUUUCUGCAAAUACUUCAGGACAUCCUCGGCAGUAUUCUCAUGGUCCUGGUUACCAUUGGAUACAAAACAAAACUGAGCGCGCUUCUGCUUGUCCUACUCUUGUCCGCUCUCAACUUUUACCACAACGCGUGGUGGACUAUUCCUGACUUUAAGCCACUCAGAGACUUUCUCAAAUACGACUUCUUUCAGACCUUGUCCGUGAUCGGGGGACUUUUAAUGAUCGUUUCAUUGGGGCCUGGCGGUGUCUCCAUGGACGAGCACAAAAAGAAAUGGUAGAUGACCUACUAAUUAUCAUCAUUUGGAUCAUCAAAUCAUCUCAAGAAUUAAGAAAAAAAAUUAAAAAAUUCCAUUCCCGCAAGUUGCCCUCGGCUAGAGUUAUUUUAUCUAUGCAAGUGGGGGUUUGGAUUAUUUAUAGCACAGUGUUGUGUGCAAGUAAAUGAAUUCCAAGCCAAAUAAGACAAUGUUUAAAUAACACGAAAUACUUCUGAUGUACAUCAAAAUAGCGUCAAGACAAUUUGGAGUGACCGAAAUGCCUUGAAAAUAGCAUUUUUACUAUUGGCAGAUACAUGAAAGUAUAAUAGAAUUACCUAAUUUAUACUAUUGCUAUGGUAUUGUAUAUACGGCAGUACAUUUAUUAUGAAGCAAAGAAAAAUAUAUAUAUUUUUUUGGUGUUUUUAAUUUCUAGAAUUUUAGUUUAAUACGUUAAUUGAUUACAUGACAAAUUAUAGGUAUAUAAUAGAUCGAAGACUAUUAAAUAUUUUUCAGUUGAAGCAUCAGAAAAUAUUGACCGAAAUAACAAUUUGAAACCUUGUAAAAACGAAUCCCCCUAGAAAUAAACAUCAUAGGUGACUGUA